CAGAUGAGAGUCGACGCAGGUCACAGUGUUUCUGGCCCGCGAACCAAAGGCAAGUGAUAAAACGCUACUGGUCUCCUUACUGGCUGGUGGCGCGAUAAAGGCUCCUCGGGAUUGGCUGUGAUAGGGCCAAGCUCUUCCCCGUGCCUCGUGACCUCUCGGUAUCUCCUCUGAUUUACCCUCCCUCAGCACGCGUCCCUCCCCGCUAUCACUGUGGGAAGAUAGGAAUGGUGGCGCACAACCUAUUUACACUCCCUCAUCUCAGCUCCAGCCAGCCAGCCAGCCAAGUGAUUUGUUUAUCUUUUCAUUACUUUGUCUUCGUGGUUCGUUGUCUCUCCCUCUCUCUCUCUCUCUCUCUCUCUCUCUCAGUAACGUUAGCGAGAGGUUUCAUCAGUCGGUUGUUGUUGUUGCUGUUGUUUUUUUACUACUACUACUACUACUACUACUACUGCUACUACUACUACUACUACUACUACUACUACUUUUCUUCUUGUUCUUCUUGUUCCUGAUCUUGUUCUUCUUCUAUUAUUAUCGCUACUACUACUAUUACUACUACCACUACUUCUUAAUUAAGAGUAUUAUUUUAAAAGACACCACCAACAGUAAAAAGGGUGACCAGAUAUUUCAAAUUUCUCAGUAAACGCAGCUACGUAUAUAUUUCUCCCCUGUAAAAUCAACUCCAGGAUGAUCCCAGAGCAGCAACAAGUGGCGUGCUAUCACUACCAGUCAAAGGGAUCACUUCAAGCACCAAGCAACGCAUUUCAGACACUUCGAAGCCUUAUCUCUGCUAGUUUUUACAGACUGUAGUGGAAGUUAUUGGGUUUUUUCAAGGGUGUUUCCAUGAUUUUUGUGAUAGUUUAGUGAGGAUUCUGCGCAUUUAACAGGGUCUGGAGGAAGUUACUGGGUUUUUCGAGAGUGUUUUUAUGAUUCUAGUAAUAGUUAAACAUAUAUUCUGCAUCUUUAACACAUUCUAGUGGGAGUUAUUGGGGUUUUCAAGGAUGUUUUUUAUGACUGAGGUGAUAGUUUAGCAAGAAUUCUGCAUCUUCAACGGCCUCUAGUGAAAAUUCUCCGGGUUUUCAAGGGUAUUUUCGUGAUUCUUAUUCUUCACAAGGAUUUUUCACCUUCAACAAGCUAAAACGGAUACUAUUGGGGAUUUCAAAAGUUCUUUCAUGAAAGUUUAACAAAGACCUGUAUUAUUAACCAGGACAAACACCCGCAAGGAUCCCAUUAAUGAUUUGUGUGGCCUUUGUCAAUGGUCGUCACCAAGGAAACCAAGAGAACCAAGUGUCUCGCAAUACGUGGCCGGGGUCUUAUCGUUUAUCUCAAUGACCCUCGCAUGACCGCGCCAAGAGUAACAGUAGCUCGUGCAUGACGGCCACGGUUUCACUCGACGUCAACGCAACGCCGUGCAAAGUAACUCAAUUGAACUCAGCGCAAGGUAACGCAACCUAACGCAACGCUAUGCAACUCAACGCAAAGCAACGCAACGCAAUGCAGUUCAACGCAAAGCAACGCAAAGCAACGCAAGGCAAUGCAACCCAACGCAACGCAACGCAACACAACGCAACGCAACUCAACGCAAAGCAACACAACGCAACGCUAUUCAACACAACGCUAUUCAGUUCAGUCCAACGCAAUGCAACACAACUCAUUAUAAUCCAACGCAACGCAGCGCAACACAACUGUUAUUCAGUUUAGCUCAACGCAAGGCAGAACAACGCAGUCCAACACAUUGCAACACAACGCAACCCAACGAAUGGAACAGUACCUCAGUGGGUUUUUUUUUUUUUCGUAAGUUUGUGUAAUCCUAGACCAGAGACAGUCUUACAUACAAAAAAAAGUCCAACGUUAUGCCAGUAAACACAACUCAUUGCAGAGAGAGAGAGAGAGAGAGAGAGAGAGAGAGAGAGAGAGAGAGAGAGAGAGAGAGAGAGAGAGAGAGAGAGAGAGAGAGAGAGAGAGAGAAACGAGCAUCUCAUACCAUCUCUAUCCAUCGUCCAUAACCAUUACUGCCACUGAAGGAGGAAGGUGUCCAGGUGAAGUGAAGAGGUGGGGUAAAGGGAGGGUUACCGGCGCUAUCUUAAUUGUCAGGUGAAUCAUACUGGGUACGAGGCCACGGGUGAUAACGGGGAGGUAGCUGGACACCACUCAAUAUUCGCACUUGACUUGUGUUUGAGUUCCCACGGAGACAAUGCGACGGAGAACAAACCCUAUGGAGUCUGCCAGUUAGGGAGGUUAAUCUUUGUUUUCUUCACGCUCAGAGACCUCACGAUCUCAUUGCUGCGGCGCCGAAAAGACUCGGUGAUGUAUGUCAGGGAAGACAAACGUAACAAGUCUCCCCGGCACGACCCACACUUUCCUGAGGUCUAAGUCCUUACCUUCACUCCUGACGAAGACUGAAGCGCCGCUGCGAUGCUCGUGCACACCUUCGUGGAGGACGGACACCCCGAUGACGGCACGAUGCUCUUCCUGCCUCGCCUCGCCUCCGCUCUCAACACCAGCGCCAUCGUGAACGCGAGUGGCAUGGACGGUGUGGCGUGUGAGGCGGGUGACUGCGCUGCUCUCGCCUCCUUCAGCAUGUGCUUGUGGGUGAACGUGUUCCUCAAGAUGCCAGCGAGCACAGUAUUCAGCUACUACAUCAGCUCCUAUGUCCACAACGGGCUGAUUUUCCGGAUGGACGACAGCCACGUCGUCGUGAGCUACAUGACGAAGCAGCUCACACGCUGGGACAGGCCGGUGUUGCCGCGGAUGUGGCACCUGCUGUGCGUGGUGCGUGGCGCCAAUACCACCACCUACACUGUGGACCUCAAAGUGGUCCUCCACAUCAACUCCUCCCUGCCGCUGCUUCUCAACGGCAGCCUGGUGCUCGGCAACGACCAGGACCAGCUGGACGGCGGCUACACCGUCACCGAGGCCUUCGUGGGGCAGCUGGCGUGGGUGGGGCUGUGGGAUCACGCCCUCACCUCGCAGGAUCUGACCGCCGUGCUGCAGUGCCGCCCUGCCCGCCACCCCCCCGUCAUGGACGCCCGCCUGCCUUGGCUGGUGCGCGGGCAGGUCACCACGCGCGAAGCGGACCCCUGCCUGGAGCGGGACGCGCCGGCGUCCUUGGCGGUGGCUGUGCCCUUGCCCUACGAUGGAGCCAGGGACCUCUGCCGCAAGCUUGGUAUGUCCCUCCCGGUGCCUGAGUCCCUCGCGGCCUCCAAGAGGAGCUUUGAGGUGCUGCAGGAGGCUGACUUUAAGCGGUGCUCCUCCAUGCACACCACCUUCAGCAUGCUGUGGCUUGGCGUGGAGCACCGCGCCGCCACGGGGCGCUGGGUGGAUGGCAGCAGCGGCGAAGAGCUGCGCUACAUAUCUGUGCAUCUCAUUAUGCCAGGUAAGGAAUUCUCCCGCGGAGUGCUGCUGAAGUCAGGGGCGUGGAUCGGUUCAUCGGAUGACGCGCGGCAUUGCUUCACAUGCGAGGGCGUGGUGGGCGGCGGUGCCUUUCUGCUGCGGGGAUUGUGUCGCUCGCCUCUCCACCUCUACGCCCGCGCCUUCCCCUCGGGCGGCCUAUACUGGCAUGGCCUGGAGCGGGUGUCAUUGGUGCGGCGUGGCGACGAGUGGCAGCUACGAGAUGACCUGCAUGGGCAGGUGAUGGCUCAGCUGGUGGGUGGCGGCCUGCCGGUGGGCAGAGCCGCCUGGAAUGUAAUGAACACCUCGGCGUGUGCUGAUCCCACCGACCUUUCAGAAACAACCGUGCCCUUGUCCUUCACCCAGUGCGUUGAGGGCGAAUUCAGUUGCUGGGAGGGCGGCUGCAUGCCCAUGGAGAAGCGAUGCUCCCUGACGCCAGAGUGCAACGACAGCAGCGACGAGCGGGGCUGCCAGCUGGUGCAUUUCAGGCCGGGGACACGCCUCCACCUGCCGCCCCACCCCCACACCUUCACGCUGGACAUGGCGCUGUGGUUCUGGAAGGUGUCGCUGGCGGGCACGGAGACGGGCACAGGUCUGCUGCGGGUCCUAGUGGGCGGACGUCUGACGUGGCGCGACAACAGACUCACCUUCCACAACCUGCAGCAGGAGAAGGAUCUCAACGUGGUGGACCCAACGCUGCGUGUGUGGCAGCCUCUCCUGCAGGUGGUGGACGAGGCGCGACUGGCGGGAUCCGUGGAGCCCCUGAGAAAACUGUUCGUAUCCAGGGACGCUGAGGGCACGGUCACGAGUUUUGACGCGGUGUUCGAGGGAAGCGAGAACCGCCUGGAGCUGAUGGUAGAGGUACCGGCCCACGUGUCCUGCCCCUUCAGCUUCUACCGCUUCCCCUUCGACGAGCAGGAGUGCAACGUCACCUUCCUGCUGGCCAACCUCCCCCAGCAGUACGCCCGCUACCACCACCAUCCGCUGUCCUCCGCUCUCGUGUGUCCCCGAAACACGACCAUGACGAAGUUUGAAGUGUAUGACUGCGCGCUGCAUCUCCAGAACGGGUCAAGCGUAGUGAGGCUCAGCAUGAAGCUGCGGCGGUGCUUUACAUACCACUUGUGGGCCACGUUCUGCCCCACGGUCCUGCUGCACGUCGUGGGGUACGGGACGACGAUAGUACCCGCGGAGGACUUGCAGAGCCGCGUGAUGCUGAGUCUCCUGGCCUUGAUGGCCCUGGUGUCGCUGUACUCAGACACGCUGGAGACCCUCCCGUCCUGCUCGUACCUCCGCCUGCUGGAUCUGUGGCUCCUCUUCAGCGUCGCUUUCCCAGCCGCUGUCAUCGCCGUGCACAUGGCCUCCAGUGGGCCAGACAAAACCAACGCCAGCCUCGUCCUGCGCCGGGGAAGGCUGCUCCUGGGUAUUCUUUACUGCCUCUUCGUCUGCGUCUACCUCAUUGUUCUCUACGCCACUCGCUGACUGAUCUAACAUUGACGCAGUACAGAAACUUGCAUCCACAUUCACACCUAGGACCAUAUUCUGAAUUCUGCCUAAUGGUUCUACAUAGUUGAAGUGCCACGGGUUUAAGGGUGUUGUUCUUAUCUUAUUGUUCUCCACGCCUCUCGCUAACAGAGCUAUUACUGACAGAGAAAUUUACAUCCACAUUCACAUCCAGGACCAUAUUCUGAAUUUUGUCCACACCUCGACUACUUUUCAAAGGCUCUGGUUGAAGUGCCACACAGCUUUUAAAGGUGUUGCACCUACUUCGUUGUUCUUCACGCCACUCGCGAACUGAUCAAUUACUGACACAAUAGAGAACAACAUCCAUAGAGAGAAGAAGUAGAGGACAAAUCAUAUUAUCUCCUAUGCAGUCCUUCCAUCUCUUCUUCGGCUCGCCUCUUCUUCUUCUUCCAUGCAUGUUCAUAACUGGCUACCAUUGUCGUGCUAUACAUGAUAGAGAGGUGGCCCACAAGGUACUUAAGCCUUCCAUCACCAGAAUCUCAUGCACAAAACACACUACCCUCCUACGGCUUCUAUACUUCUCUCUGUAAUUUCAUCUCAAGUUUCCUUUCUGACCAUUCCAUUGCUGCUGUGGUAGACGGUCACUGUUCUCUUAAAUCUAUUAAAAAUAGUGUUCCUCAGGGUUCUUUCCUGUCUGUUACUCACUCUCUUCCUUUUAUUCAUCAAUGAUCUAAACCAAACUUCUUGUCCUAUCCACUCCUACGCUGAUGAUACCACCCUGCACUUUUCCACGUCUUUUCACAAACGUCCAACCCUUCAUUAAACAGUUCACGCAGGAAAGCCACAGAACGCCUGAUUUCUGAUCUAUCUAAAAUUUCUGACUGGGGCAGAGCAAACUUGGUAUUGUUCAAUGCCUCAAAAACUCAAUUCCUCCAUCUAUCAACUCGACAUAACCUUCCAGACAACUAUCUCCUCUUCUUCAGUGAUACUGAACUGUCCCCCUCUUCUACACUGAAUAUCCUCGGUCUGUCCUUUACUUAUAAUCUAAACUGGAAACUUCAUAUCUCAUCUCUAGCUAAAACAGCUUCUAUGAAGUUAGGUGUUCUGAGACGUCCUCGCCAGUUUUCUCACCCCCCCAGUUGCUAACUCUGUACAAGGGCAUUAUCUAUCCAUGUAUGGAGUAUGCUUCACAUGUCUGGGGGGGUUCCACUCAUACUGCUCUUCUAGACACGGUGAAAUCAAAAGCUUUUCGUCUCAUUUACUCCUCUCCUCUAACUGACUGUCUUCAGCCUCUUUCUCAUCGCCGCAAUGUUGCAUUUCUAGCUGUCUUCUACCGCUAUUUUAAUGCUAACUCUAUUUUAAUGCUGUAACUCUAAUGUUUUUCUGAUCUUGCUAACUGCAUGCCUCCCCUCCUCCCGUGGCCUCGCUGCACAAGACUUUCUCCUUUCUCUCACCCCUAUUUUGUCCACCUUUCUAAUGCAAGAGUUAACCAGUAUUCUCAAUCAUUUAUCUCUUUCUCUGGUAAACUCUGGAACUCCCUGCCUGCUUCUGUAUAUCCACCUUCCUGUGACGAACUCCUUCAAGAGGGAGGUUUCAAGACACUUAUCCUUCAAUUUUUGACAACCGCUUCCGUCCCUAUUCGUGACCGGCAUCUCAGUGGGUUUUCUUUUAUUUUUUUAAUAGAUUUUUGUUGCCCUUGGCCGGUGUCCGAGAUCCCUUCUUUUAGUGUAACCAAGCCAAUUCAUUUCCCUUUUUUCUUUUGUAUUUUGUUCCCAGAACACUGUAAGAAAUGUUUGCAUGGACACACAGAAAAAGAAUACAGAAUAGGCGGUUGAUUUUGUGUUUUCCAGGCUAGGAAAUGAUCUGAGACUAAUGGAAAAAAGCAAUGCCUCUAGAAAUAUGUACUGCACGUAGGUGAGUAAAGGAGAAUUGGUGCAGCAGUGAGAGUUUACAUCAGCUAAAGUCGUAGGAAGGGACAAACAUACAGGCACAGUGUUCCAAAGGUUGAAUUAAAUGUACAAAUAAAUAUAUGAAA